AUGUUCCGAAAUCUACUUCUGCUUGUUUUUAGUCUGUGUCUUGUAACAACGUUGGUCCAUGGAUCAAAUGACAAUGAAAGAAAGGAAUACAUUGUCUACAUGGGAGCACUGCAAGGUGCUGGAACUUCUGCGAUGGUCGACCACCACAACCUGCUUUUGACGGCAAUUGGAGAUGAGGAUAUUGCAAGAGAAUCUAAAAUAUAUACCUACAGAAAGAGCUUCAAUGGGUUUGUAGCCAGGCUCUUGCCUCAUGAAGUACAGAGCUUAAUAGCUGAAAAGAGGGUUGUAUCAGUUUUUCCAAACACAGUGCGCAAACUUCACACAACGAGAACAUGGGACUUCUUAGGAAUGUCUGAAACACUGAGUCGAGCAAACGCUCAAAAAGAGAGCGAUAUUAUUGUUGGCCUCUUGGAUUCAGGAAUAUGGGCCGAAGCUCCUAGUUUUAAUGACACAGGCUAUGGACCUGUCCCGAUUAAAUGGAGAGGCAAAUGCGUAGACUUCCCUGGCUGCAACAGAAAGGUGGUAGGUGCAAAAUACUUCAAUCUGAACCAAACUUAUACUGAUCAAGAUACUCCAAGUCCGGUUGAUGACGAAGGUCAUGGCACUCAUACUUCAUCCACUGUAGCUGGUGUAUUCGUCAAGGAUGCAAGCCUCUAUGGUCUAGGCACAGGCACCGCACGUGGUGGCGUGCCAUCGGCACGUAUUGCCAUGUACAAGGUGUGCUGGGUUAAUGGUUGCAGUGACAAAGACGUUUUGGCUGCGUUUGAUGAAGCCAUUGCUGAUGGGGUGGACUUGAUAUCAGCCUCCAUGGGUGGUCCAUCCAGGUCCUUUUUUGAAGACCCUAUUGCCAUUGGAUCUUUUCAUGCAAUGACGAAGGGGAUUCUGACUUCCUGCUCUGCUGGGAAUGAUGGGCCUGAUACUUCAACGGUGCAGAAUGUUGCUCCGUGGAUAAUGACCGUGGCUGCUUCUGGUACUGAUAGGCAGUAUAGGACUGUGGCUACUCUGGGUAGUGGCGAGCACUUUUCUGGAAUUUCAAUCAAUACAUUUUCACCACAAAAAAUGAUGUACCCACUAACAAGUGGAGCCCUUGCAGUUAAUGUUAGUGAACCCUAUGGGAAUGCCAGUGCUUGUGAUUUCGGGACACUAGACAAGAAUAAGGUGAUGGGAAAGAUAGUGUACUGCCUGGGAAGCAACGGCCAGGAUUACAGCAUCAAAAGGUCCGGUGGUGCGGGAGCAAUCAUGACGCUUGAAGAUGACACAGAUACAGCCUACUCCACUGUCAUCCCUGGGACCUCCAUUUUCCCCAGGGACAGCAAAAUGAUUGAGCAGUAUAUUAAUUCCACCAAGAACCCUCAGGCUGUAAUACAAAAGUCAAUUACUAUUAAUGUUAGUGCUCCCUUUGUGGCUUCUUUCUCAUCCAGAGGUCCUCAAAAUAUCAAUCUCAACAUCCUUAAGCCUGAUAUUUCAGCACCAGGAAUAGACAUAUUAGCUGCUUAUUCAAAACUACCAACAACAACAGGGUUUCCGAGUGAUGAUCGACACACAGUAUUCAACAUAAUAUCAGGAACAUCUAUGGCUUGCCCUCAUGCAUCAGCAGCUGCUGUUUAUGUCAAGUCCAUCCAUCCUGACUGGUCACCUGCUGCAGUCAAGUCUGCUCUCAUGACUACAGCCACUCCUAUGAAAAUCAUAGACGCAGACGCCGAGCUGGGUUCCGGAUCAGGACAAAUAAACCCAACACAAGCAGUGAACCCUGGACUCAUCUAUGACAUUUCCACGAGUGACUAUAUCAGUUUCCUAUGCAAAGAAGGCAACAACAACACAGUAAUUGGCCUAAUUGUUGGGGGCACAGAAAAUAUUGACUGCACCAAAUUCAAGCCAGCACAAGGCACUGAUGGCCUUAACUACCCAACUAUGCAUACCCAGCUCGACAGUAACAGUACAAGUAUCUCGGCCACCUUCUACCGGACCGUGACUAACGUAGGAUAUGCCACAUCGGUGUACACAUCGAAGGUGACAUCACCAAGGGGUCUAAUUGUGAAAGUUAUCCCAGAAACUUUGAAGUUCAGCAAGUUGAAUGAGAACCAAUCUUUCACCGUUGAGGUGAAAGGCGGUUUAGAGCCAUUUGGGAGUAAGCUACUCUCGGCUUUGCUAGAGUGGAGUGACUCUAAAUACAAUGUUAAGAGCCAUAUCGUUAUCCUUAGGCCAUUAGCUGAUUAGGUCUGUUUAUUUCUAGCCAAUGCUUGUAUUUAAGGUCUGUUUGAGAUCCGUUUAUUUUGCUGAAAUUGAAAAUUUUUUGUUGAAAGUACAGUAAAUAAAGGUAAAAGUUAGCUGAAA